AUUUUAUUUACCCGUUCCAUAGGGAGGACAAUACAGACUUAGAUUUUGCCUGUCCCUCAAUUCGCUCGUAUGAUUCCUAGACAGUUUCUGGUACGGGUUGCCGGUGCCCUCGGCGUCACCAUUGUCAUCUUUUGGCUUCUCCUCAGCAGCGUCCCCGCCGCCUCGCCCCCGAGCUGGCAUGGCUUUGGUAAGUCUGCCAGGGCGCGUGGCCUUCUCAACGACAUUGGCAAUCAUACUCUCGGGUUUCAACAAGUCUUCGUCGUCGGGCUGCCCGAGCGUACCGACCGUCGAGACGCCGUGACUCUGAACACUGCACUGAGCGGCAUAACGUUCCAGUUUAUCAAUGGCGUUCUGGGUGAUUCAAUUUCAGACAAGGCUCUUCCAAAGGAAUUCAAACAUAAAAAGAUAUCACCUGGUGCUCUUGGGUGCUGGCGUGCCCACAUGAACGCAUUGCAAGAGAUUGUUCGCAACAAUAUCUCUACUGCUCUGAUACUCGAAGAUGAUGCAGAUUGGGAUGUACGACUUCGACGACAACUUCACGACUUGGCUCUAUCAAGUCAAGCACUCACUCAGCCCCUCGCAGGACAGAACUCAUACGCAGAUACGUCAUAUCAGUAUCGACAACCCGCAAAAAAAUCCCCAGACGGCAUUAUUAGCCUGGAUUUCAAUAACCUCCCCGAAACGUCACCUGUAACCUUUUCUCCAUAUGGAGAUGAGUGGGAUCUUCUUUGGCUAGGCCACUGUGGCAUGCAAAUGCCACCUGCAGAUGGCUCUCUGCCUAGGGGGCGUGUUGUCUCAAAAGACGAUGAAACGGUCCCUGCCAAGGAGUAUCUACUCUCAUACGUGAAGCCGUAUACCUUGAAGGAUGAAUAUCCUGACCAUACUCGUGUCGUUCAUCAUGCAUAUGAGGGUAUAUGCCUUUUGGCCUAUGCUGUCACCCAGAAGGGAGCCCAGGAACUCCUACGCGAGAUUGCUCUCAAAGACCCUACUACGCCAGUCGAUAUCCUUAUGCGAUGGUUUUGUAAUGGCGAACGCGGGCGGAGGCAUCACAAUUGUCUCGCCAUCCAGCCUCCCAUCUUCAACCCUCACAGAACAAGGGGGCCAAAGGAAGACACGAGCAACAUUGAUUCAAAAUGGUCAGGUUGGUGGGACACGGCCGAGACUAGAAUGACAAGGUGGAGUGUAAGGCUCAAUGCUGAUAAGAUAAUUGCAGGGGAGAAGAUGGAGGAUCAAUUCCCAGACAAAUAAUUUAUUAAUUUACUUAGUUGGAUUAAACUACCUUGGGUUAUAUAUUUUCACACUAUGACUUAUAAUACAAGUCUAACAUGAGUUCCCCAUUUUCUUCAUUAGAUAUAUAAGC